AAUUGCACGAUGAAAAAGCAAUCUAAUCUUGAUUAUCUCUAUAUUUAUUCUAUCGCUCAAUACUUGCUGGUUGAAUGGUACUUCCGAUGUAUUUUACAGUGUAAUUCUUGCAAAGUUUCUUAGAGGAUCUACGAAAAGGAAGUAUAAUAAAACUAUUUUCAAAAUUAUUCUGAAAGAUAUUAAAAUGUGUUUGUGUCUUGCGCAAUAAGAUGUAAUUCAAGAACAUAUAGCCGUUUAACCAGAAACGAUGACGAAGACGAUCCAGACAGCGCUGGCACCAUUAUUGAUCAUUGGCUCGAUCUGCAGUUUAGGCUUUCUUGAAUAUCCUGUCGGACAACCUAGGCCAUAUCUCACUUGUCUAUAUUUUUUUACUAAAUGGAGUCUUUUUACGUAUUUCUUUUACUAUCUAGUCUACAAUAGUCAUACUCCAUUCGUAUACAUGUCUUGGCCCAAUGUGAUAAUAAUGACCUCCGCAAUUGUGUCGAUUCUUGUUAGCUUGUUUCGUUUUAAGGAAUUAAAAAUGUGCUUACACAAACUUUCCAUAGUGGACAACACAUUGGAAGUGUUAGGAACGUCAAAGGAGUAUCAACGAUUACGUAAAUGGAUAAUCCAACUGAUACACGGAUGGCUUUCAUUGGCUCUUUUCAUGAACUCAGUGGACAUUUUUUGGUUGAAUUACCAAGAUUUCAGUAUCACUCGUGUCUGUGUUCCAUUUCUGGGAAAUCAUUUACUCCAUGUGAAUACUUUAGGUGCUUUAAUUUGGGGAGUUAUUCUGGGGUCGGUAUAUAUACAUAUAUAUUUCAUAAAACUAUUCCUGUACAAUGUACAUCGAAAUGUUUAG